GCAACGAUGAGACGAAGGACGGCAAGACGGGACUGUACGAGCGGAUGAUGCUGCUGAAGAAGGCCAAUCCCAAGCUGAAGGUGCUGCUGGCCAUCGGUGGCUGGUCGUUCGGUACGCAGAAGUUCAAAGAGAUGUCCGCCACGCGCUACGCCCGCCAAACGUUCAUCUACUCGGCGAUCCCGUUCCUGCGCCAGCGCAACUUCGACGGCCUGGACAUGGACUGGGAGUACCCGAAGGGCUCGGACGACAAGAAGAACUUUGUGCUGCUGCUGAAGGAACUGAAGGAAGCGUUCGAUGCCGAGUCGCAGGAGAUCCGUCAGCCGCGGCUGCUGCUUACGGCCGCCGUCCCGGUCGGUCCGGACAAUGUGCGCGGUGGGUACGACGUCCCGGCCGUCGCCAGCUAUCUGGACUUUAUCAACCUGAUGGCGUACGACUUCCACGGCAAGUGGGAACGCGAAACGGGACACAACGCUCCGCUCUACUCGCCAUCGUCGGACAGCGAGUGGCGCAAGCAGCUGUCGGUGGACUACGCCGCCAACCUCUGGGUGAAGCUGGGCGCUCCCAAGGAGAAGCUGGUCAUCGGGAUGCCAACGUACGGGCGAUCUUUCACGCUUGCCAACACCGAUCGCUACAAGGUGAACUCGCCGGCCACCGGUGGUGGAAAAGCCGGAGAGUACACCAAGGAGUCGGGCUUUCUGGCGUACUACGAGAUCUGCGAGCAGCUGCUGAACGGGGCGGUCUACGUGUGGGACGACGAGAUGAAGGUGCCGUACAUGGUCGACGGUGACCAGUGGGUCGGGUUCGACGACGAGCGGGCGAUCCGCAACAAGAUGACGUGGAUCAAGACGAACGGGUACGGUGGAGCGAUGGUGUGGACCAUCGACAUGGACGACUUCAGUGGUACGGCGUGUGGCGGCAACGUCAAGUACCCGCUGAUCGGAGCGAUGCGUGAGGAGCUUCGCGGCGUUAGCCGUGGAAAGGGCGCCAAAGACGUCGACUGGUCCGAAGUCGCAGCUACCAUCGUGGAGAAGGAAGAGGAAAAGCCUGCCCCUGUUAAGAUCGCCGUUUCGGAGGUACUGUCGAAGGUGCAGAAACCGCAAAAGAAGAUCAUCAAGCAAGGACUGGCCACAGUGGAGAAGAACUCACGCCCAGGGCAAGUGUUUUGCUACUUGACGAGCUGGUCGGUGAAACGACCGGGUGCGGGCAAGUUCGAACCGAAGGAUGUCGACGCCAGCCUCUGCACGCACCUUGUCUACGCCUUUGCCACGCUCAAGGACCACAAGCUGACCGAAUCGAACGACAGCGAUCCGGACAUGUACGACGAAGUGAUCGCACUGCGCGAGAAGAAUCCCGACCUGCAGGUCCUGCUGGCCAUCGGCGGAUGGGCGUUCGGUUCGACACCCUUCAAGGAGCUCACCUCGAACGUGUUCCGCAUGAACCAGUUCGUGUACGAAGCGAUCGAGUUCCUGCGCGACUAUCAGUUCAACGGUCUGGACGUCGACUGGGAGUAUCCGCGCGGGGCCGACGACCGCAAGGCGUACGUAGAUCUGCUCCGCGAGCUGCGCGUUGCGUUCGAGGGUGAAGCCAAGACCUCCGGACAACCUCGGCUGCUGCUGACUGCCGCUGUUCCCGCUUCGUUCGAGGCCAUCGCUGCCGGUUACGAUGUGCCCGAGAUCUCCAAGUAUCUUGACUUUAUCAACGUCAUGACGUACGACUUCCAUGGUCAGUGGGAGCGACAGGUAGGCCACAACUCGCCCCUGUUCCCGCUGGAUUCGGCCUCCAACUACCAGAAGAAACUGACCGUGGACUACAGUGCUCGCGAGUGGGUUAAACAGGGCGCUCCGAAGGAGAAGCUUCUGAUCGGUAUGCCGACGUACGGUCGCUCCUUCACCCUGGUCAACCAGACGCAGUUUGACAUCGGAGCCCCCGCGUCGGGCGGUGGUCUGCCGGGCAAGUUUACCAACGAAGCCGGAUUCCUCAGCUACUACGAGAUCUGUGGCUUCCUUGGCGUCGACAACACCACGCUCGUGUGGGACUCGGAGCAGCAGGUGCCAUUCGCGUAUCGCAAGGACCAGUGGGUCGGUUUCGAUGACGAGCGCUCCCUCAAGACGAAGAUGGAAUGGUUGAAGGAGGAAGGUUUCGGUGGCAUUAUGGUGUGGUCGAUCGAUAUGGAUGACUUCUCGGGUCGCUGCGGUAGCGGCAAGUACCCGCUGAUGAACGUGAUGAACAGUGAGCUGAAGGACUACAAGGUGCUGCUGGAGUACGAUGGUCCGUACGAGUCCUAUGGACCGCGCGGUGCCUACACCACCAAGGACCCCAACGAGGUCGUCUGUGCUGAGGAAGAUGGCCACAUCAGCUACCAUCCGGACAAGAGCGACUGCACGCAUUACUUCAUGUGCGAAGGAGAGCGCAAACAUCACAUGCCAUGUCCCGCUAAUCUGGUGUUCAACCCCAAUGAAAACGUUUGCGAUUGGCCCGAGAACGUCGAAGGCUGCCACAACCCAACGCAAGCCGCGGCCUAAAGGAGGAACCAGCCAAUGCCCUCCGCAAUCUACAUCCUUUUUUUACGUUUUAGAUCAAGCACUUUGACGGGGAAUGUGAGUCCGCAUUAGCCGACGGGAACAGUGGCUCGCUGUUCGACGUUACAAGGGCAGACGUUAGCUGUAAUGUAAUUAAAAUACUCUUCGUCUACACAAUUUGGGAGGAAAAAAGGGAAAAAGUGGCGCAACGCUGGCACACCAUUUUGUAAAUACGUGGCGAUCCUUCCCGAUUCGUGAAGCGUAAGACCUAAUUGUGCCGCAAGCAGGAGAGAGUGAGCAAAGGAAAGCGGGGAAUACCCUUCGUCCCCGUGGGUCGCGUGUAGUAGAGAAACGAAAGUGUAGCAGUCCUCGUCCCCAUGAAGAGGCCCCAAGGCGAAGGCGCAGUCCACCCUGCGGCGGUGUCUGUUAUCGACUUUUGUUGUCCUUUAAAACCAUCCAACAAAUGUUGCACCAGUACAGCGAAAGAGAGCGCGAGCCUGUAAAUGUCGUUUUUGAUAGAUGUAUAAAAACUGUGAUAAUUAAGUGUAUAUAAAAACGAAGGGCCACAAAUCGGUUAGGAAAACAGAAACACGGAAAAGCACACCCGAACGCCAGGCGGAACGAUCCAGGACAUCAGGGAGAUUCAAAUAACGGCGGCGAAGAAAAUCGAAACAGGGCACGAAACAGUUAAGACCGCGCAGCGUCAAAGCGAACCUGACAAGCUGUGAAGGAAACGUUUGAAAACAGUGCAACGGAAACGGAGAAAGAAACGGAUUGUUUGACCCCCUUCCCCCGGAAAAGCGGAUGGAGCCCAUUUUCCGUUUGAGAGAAAAUGAAUGCGAAGAAACGAAACGAACAAAGUGCAAAGCAGUGACAGGAAACAGACAUGCGAAAGAGUGACACAAAAACCAGCGUAACAAUCUGAGGCGGCUGCGAUUCGGUAUAGUUUGGUGGAAUCGGCAAACGCAAUCAUUGGCAAUAUCGCAGCGCGCUUUGAAACGAACACGAAACCCGCACACGAGUACAGCGACGACAACUAACUUGUAAUUUAAUAACUAUGUUACAUGUACUUUUUUGAAUAAUAAAUCACUUAUUA